GCAAUACAUGUAUUGUGUUGAAGUGGCGGCACUGACGUCAGUUGCCUUUCCACCAUCAGUCUUUCGAAUUCUUAAUUAAUUAAAGAUGGGGUGAUGGGGUAUCCAAAGAUCCAACAAAGCACAUGCCCCACGCUACAGAGGUGUCAUCAUCUCUUGCGGAAGUGCAACGGACACCAUUCCCAAACAUGUUCGUCUUUCUUUGGUGAUGGACGAGCUCGAAGCACACUGAAACCAAUAGAGGAGGUAUCACUUGGAAGUGAUAUCUUGCCAUUGCUACCCAUAAUAAGAUAAGACAAACCGAGGUAGCCCGAAAGGAUAAGAAGAAAGGGCUUGAUACCAUUCCAUUCAAACAAAAGCCCUCAAGUGCCCGCAAGUGCCUGAUAUCUUUCAAAAGGCAUUCGUCAGGUCCAUUAUCUUUAUUGUAAAUCACAAUCAUGUCCGACAACAACAAUGGGAAACUGAUUGCCACGGCUAUUGGCGCCGCCGUGGCAGGAGCUGCAUUGGGUGUAGCGACGGUCAAACUGCUGGAUCGACGAAACGGCCAGCCGGAUCAAAAUGAAGGAGGCAUCAUUUCCGAGCGACCCAAACGACGAUCGUUUAUCUACGAAGACCCCAUGGGCGCCGAUGUCAUGGCCAAUCGAGAUUCCAGUACCACGCUGUUCCCACACAAUCACGAAGAAAAAAUGAGACGUCGGAUUGCCGCACGAGCCGCCGUAGAAGAAGAUAACUUGACACCCCGACGAUCCGUUACCGUGCGAGUUCCCGCUACUUCGGCCAAUGUGGGACCUGGAUACGACUGCAUUGGAUUGGCCGUGGAUUUGUGGUCCGAAGUCACCAUCGAACUCGCCGAUAAAUUCGAAAUUACCGCCGAAGGGGAUGGAGCCGAUGCCGUGCCCAAAGAUGCCUCCAAUUUCCUCGUGCUGGGGGUCAAGGCGGCCUACGAUACCGCGAGAAAAGAAAUGCCCGUCUUAAAAUAUCACGUCGUAUCGAGAAUCCCCUUUGCCAGAGGGUUGGGAAGUUCCAGUGCCGCCAUUGUGGCGGGUAUCAUUGCCGGAUUGGUCUUGGCAGGACAUCGAUUGCCGUGCUGGGGAUCCGAGGCUCUGUUACAGAUUGCCGCCGGUAUUGAGGGACACCCCGAUAAUGUCGCUCCUGCCAUUUACGGUGGUAUCCAGGUGGGAAUUCACAAUGGUACCCGAUGGGUCACCGAACGAGUACCCAUGCCAUCCGGUGUGCAGUUGGUCAUGUUCAUCCCCGACUUUGUGGGAAAGACAUCAGACGCCAGAAAUGUCCUUUCCGAUACCAUCUCCCGAGAGGAUGCCGCCUUUAACAUUAGUCGCACCGCAUUCUUGAUCAACGCCCUUUGCAUGGGUAACCUUGACAAUCUAAAGUGGGGAGUCCAGGACAAAAUGCAUCAACCACAGCGAGGGUCCAAACUCUACAAGUACCUCUUUCCCAUGAUUGAAGCGGCCGAAUCGGCAGGAGCGUGUUGUGCCUAUCUCAGUGGUGCCGGUCCUACCGUCAUGGCAUUGACCAGUGGAGCCAGUGGGGAUAUCUUUGCCCAACGAGAAAAAGAACGAACCGAUUUGGCCGUCGCCAGGGCCAUGAGUCGAGCCGCCGAACAGUUCGGAAUCAAAGGGAAAUUAGUCGUCACCAAUGCUGCCAACGAAGGGGCCCGAGUGGUCAGAGUGGAGCCGCCCUUCAGUUCCGAUGUCAUUACAUACCGAGACAAUAUCUAGCAUAUUGA